GCCGCCGGCGUGCCCGACGCGGACCUGGAGGGCGCGCGCGCCACCCUGGCGAGCAUCCAGGGCAUGCUCGAGAGGCUCAGGUCCAGCACUGGCGACGUGGAGGCGCUCGAGGCCGCCAUCCGCGAGUGCCGCGGUGCCGGGCUGCCCGAGAGGGACCUGGAG